UUUUUUGGCUUACUUUAAAUUUUUCUUACAAUCUGGACCAAUGUCUUUGGAGAUUUUCUUGUGUUUAUUUUCAAUCAAGAGCUCUACCUGAAUAUAACUUCUUGAUGUUAGAACUUCAAAUCAUAUUGAAUUGAAUGAUGUUGUCUCAUGCCACUUGGCAAUAACUGCUUUCAUGACCUUGUUACUGAAUAACUUAUAUUUAAUCCUUUGAAAGGCAGCAAUCUAGCCCUUUGCAGUGUAUGUUUUUGGUUUCAUUUGAAUACUUAUUAGGAUUACUAAUGCAAAUAGCAUGCAUAACUUAAUGAGAUUCUUGUUCAUGACAUGGAAAUUUCAAUUAACUCUCAAAUUUAGAAUCAUAAUCCAUUUCUGGUAAAAACAGAUGAGCCAUUCACAGGUCAAUCAAAUUAUACUUAAUGUGAUAUUCAUGUUGGAUAGUCUUACUCUUUCCAAUUUGGAUGGACCAGAAUGUGAGUAGACUGCUAUUUUAUUAUAUGUGCAUAGUUCAUGUUUGCUGAAGUUCCGCAUGAUUCCCAUUAGAGGGCCAGCUACCCGUCCUUUCUGCCCAAUGGUUUUUAUGAAAGGGAGGCAUUAAUGAACCAAAUAUGUCAGGAGGGAUUAGAAAUCAAUGUUGCUUUUGCUUCCUUAAUACUAAAUAUAGAACUAACAUAUUUGUUGACUUUAUAUUAUUAAUCUUCACUAUGUUUGCUCUGCUAAUGUGUCUUUUGGAUCUGAAGAUUUCUCUUCUAUUGAGAAUAACUAUAGGCUUUCUAACCUAAGCUUGCAAGUUAGAGUUAACUUUAGUUGAUUUGAUAAUAAAAAGUAGACUUCUAACUAUUGAGUUAGUUAAGAGUAUGUCUAAAGCUUUGUAGAUGUUUUUAGAUUAUGCAUAUAUACUAGCAUCUGAGAUAUUACUAACUGAAAUUUCAGAUUUGAACAAACAUAAGGUACAUAUGAAGCACACUUGUUUCAAUAGUGGAGUCAUAUAUGUGUUUAACAUUUAUACUAGAUAGGACUCACAUUUCCACUUAUAGAUACUUUAUUUUCACAUUGUGUUUCUCUAAGGAUUUGUUCCUCUUAAUAAGUGACUACUAUUUACAUGUUGGAAUAUUGAGCUCUAGUUGAGUAGAAGUUACCUUGCCCUCGGUUUUAUUUUUAUUUUCUUAUAUAUUAACUUCUUUUUUUAACUUUAUAGUACAACAUGUUAGUGAUUUUACAUUACCAAGACUUGUAGGUUUUGUAGCAACUCUAGGGAAAAGUAAGUGUAAUGCCAACAAGUUUUUGAAGAUCUUGAUGUGAGUAAGUCUAGGUAACUGAUACAGAACUGAGAGAGGAGAGAGAACAGAAGAAUCAAUGACUAACUUUCAUUAACAUUUCUUCCCACUAAUGAACUAACUCCUUAUAGAAAUAAAUGACAGUUAGUAAUGGUAUUCGGUUAAUACAGCUAUUAUUCAAGUACACUUACAAUUCUUAUAUCGGCCAUGCAUAGUAUGUCUUCUAAAUUUUCCAAGCUAUAAUAAGUUUUAAUCUGCAUUCCCUAUUAUAAUUGAUGUUCUUGUACUUUUUCACAUUUAAUGAAAAUCAUGGACAUGAACACAUAUAAGCUAAUAUUUCUAUCCUAAGGCUUUUUUAUUCAUUUUCCUCUAGAGCUUUUGUUUAUCAUUUUGACGUCAAUGCUAAUGUGUCUUGCAUUCCUUUCAUUAAACCUUUACUCUUUUUCAUUUUCCUCCGCUACAUCAUUUAUUAAUGUUUUUUCCUUUCUCUCUAUACCAAGUGUUGCUUAAACUGAUGAAAUUUCAUAGUUGGUGAUCAGAAUCAUCGUGCUCAUGCUACAAGUGAAGUUCUUUUCUUUGAUUUUUAAUAUUUGUAUAUACACCCUCAGUCUUAAUAUGUCUAUCCUUAGAGGCCAUACUUGAAAAAUUCCACUGAUUAGAUAACAAUACUUUGGUAAGAAUGUAGUGGGUCAUUAUGAUAUGACCAUGUUUUCUUGAACUAAUUUUUGUUCUUCUAUAUAUUACUUCUCCCUUGUUAGGGCAUAAUUUGCUAAUCAUGUUAUGUUUUGUUACUCCUUCUUUUAAAGAUUUUAUCAUUUCAUUGAUAUGGAGGUCUUCUCAACUGACAUUUGAUGUAUACACGUUACUUUCCUAUUUAUUUGUAUUGUGAUGCAUCUUUGUCUAUUUAAUUUUUUUUCACCUUGUUUGGUUUUUGUACAAUUUUCUAAUCCAUUUAUUUUUCAAUGUGAUUAUUUCAUUUUUCAUAUGCAAAGGUCUAAAUUAUGGCUUCAUUUCCUUGUAGUUAUUGUUGCGCAUUCAGUGAUAGUGCAUGUAAAUUAGAUUUUUGAAUUUCUUUUAAAUGUUUUUUACAAUCUGGAUUAAUGUGUGUGUGUGUGUGUGGGGAGAUUUUCUCAUGUUUACCUUCAAACAGGAACAUGACCAAACUGUAACUUCUUAAUGUUGAUGUCAGAACUUCAAAUCAUGUUGGAAGUAAUGAUGUUUUAUAUAUCAUGCUAUUGGCUAUAAGUCUAUAACAACUUUCAUGACCUUGUUACUAAAUAAUUUGUAUAUUAUCCUUUAAAAGUUUUUGUAACAGUCUGAAUAUUUAUUUAGACUUAAAAUACUCAUGAUAAGUAAGAUUUAUCAGAUAGUUUUCAUAAUAUGAAAAAUUGAAUUAUUUUGAACUCUAGAAUUCAGAAUCGUAGUCUAGUUCUAGUGGAAAUUGAAGGGCAUUUCACAAGUCAAUCAUAUUAUAGUCAAUUUCAUGUGAUAUUCAUGUUGGUAGUCUUCUUUUAGUUUCGUUGGACUGGGAUGCAAACAGACUAUUAUAUUUUUGCAAGUUCAAGGUUCUUAUUUGGUGGCAUUACAAGUGCCAGCUCUGUUAAUGAAUCAUUAUGGCAAAGGCUCAUAGCACUUCAUACUAUUCUGAUUCUAAAGGCCUUGCAAUAGGUCCUCUCCCUGAUGAUGUUUAUGACGAAGAGGCAUCAAUGUUCUAGGAAAGAGAUUAAUGUUUCUUUUUCUUCCUUCAGUUUAGAUUCUGGAUACAAAAAUGACAUAUUUGUUAACUUUGCUUUUAAUCUUCAUUGUCUAUUCUGUUUAGGUGUCUUCUAGAUUUGACCAGUUCUCUGCUACAAAAAAUGACUAGUUUUCUCCAGUCUUCUGGAUCUAAACCCAACUACAAGUUAGAAUUAACUUGCAGCUGAUUUUGAUUGUUCAAAAAAAAAGGAAUGGUUCGAUAAUGGAGUUCUAUAUAUAAGUGUCUUUUUCCUCUUAGUGACUCAAUCCUUGUUUGUUUCUCUUGACAAUGUUGGAGCAUAGAACCUAGGAGCAGAAAACCUGGAGAGGUGGAAUCUAGCUCGAGAAACUUAUCUAAUGAUUGAUGAUUGUUAAUCUUGAAGAAGAUGGGGAAACAAAAAUGGCAACACCAGAUAAUGCACUGUAUUGUAGACCCCUCAAGUCUCUUCAUCCUAAUUAUCCAAUCUUUCCAACGUAUUACUUGUUUAAUUGUUUAUUGUCAUGUUUAUAAUUUCUCUUAAAGAACCUUUUAUGAUUGUUUUAUGAGUUUUACCUACAGAGAGCAGGACCACUCUUAUGGAGUUCAUGCUUUUAGAGAAAGCUUGAAGUUUUACAUGAUGACACUAUUGGCACUUUUUACUACCAUUUUCAUAUGUAGCUGAGUUUCCUUGAUGUGUCUGCAAGGCGUAUAAGAUAUUACAUGUACUCUUGUUUGGGGGAACCACCAACGGCACCAGUAUAUUAAAGUAUAAUCAACCUUUCUCUUGCAUAUAUGAGAAGAGCAAAGUGACCGUGACAAAAGGUGCUUUCAUUGAGAGCCUGAUGACUGAUAAAAAUAGGAUGAAGGAAUUGGCUGCUGAAAUUAAGAAACUCCAAGAGUUAGGGAACAACAUGAAUUGGCUCAUAAUGCCUGGAUGGAUAAGUUUGAUAGUAGUAUGGAUGAUAUGGCUAAGGUGAUGAUAGAGUUAUCUGCAAAUGUCGCUAAGCUUGUUCAUGAGAAAGCCAUCGGGUCUUCGAACUUAGAGCAGAUGGUCGUUGCGCAUAACAAUCAAGGACAGAUGGUUCAGGUGAAGCAUGCAAAGAUUGACUUCCUGAGGUUUGAUGGGACUGAUCCUUUGAAUUGGAUUUUUAAGGCAGAACAAUUCUUCAAUUACUAUGAAAUGUUAGACUCGCAGCAGGUGAUUUUGGCCGCCAUUAACAUGGAAGGGGAUGUGAUGCCAUGGUUUUAAAUGAUGAAGAAGACGCACCAGGUUCCUACAUGGUCUGCUUUAACUCAAGCCGUAGGACGACAAUUUGGCCCAACUCAGUAUGAAAAUCCCAGGGCUCAACUAUUCAAGUUGACUCAAACUGGGUUAGUCCAAGAGUAUCACAUUAGAUUUAUGGUUAUAGCAAAUCGGGUUGAAGGUCUUUCUACUGAAGCCCUACUCGACUGUUUCAUCAGUGGGUUACGUGAUGAUCUCCACUGUGAGGUCACUUCUAGAGAGCCGGAGUCACUACCCAAGGCCACUGCCUUGGCGCGUUUGCUAGAUGAGAAAACUACAACAACCUGGGGAUAUUUGAAGGGGCGAAGUCCGACAACCUUCACAACCAUAGUCACGACUCCGAGAGGGUUGACCAGUACUUCGGGUUUGGGUAGUACUAGCACAGCAAAGGCGAACUUGCCUCCAUUAUUACCUAAACCGAACACGAAGCCUCUUAUGCCAGCGAAGAAAUUGACGCCAGCCGAGAUUCAAUUAAAGAGAGAGAAAGGCCUUUGUUAUAUGCGUGAUGAGAAGUUCUCUGCCACUCAUUGGUGCCCUAAUCGCCAGAUUAUGAUGCUACACUAUGAAACUGACGAUAACCCAAUUGAAGACCAGAUUGAGGAUAAAAGAGAAGAGCAAAAUCCUGAAAACACUGGUCCAGUAGAGUUGCAUCAUCUGUCAUUAAAUGCAUUGCAUGGAACUUCGGGUAAGUGUACUAUCCGUUUUAUUGAAAAUAUUUUAGGAAUUGAUGUGUUGGUUUUACUUGAUGGUGGAAGAUCAGAUGAUUUCAUUCAACCGAGGAUUGUUAAACAUUUGAAUCUACCAGUUGAGAGAGUUCCUCCAUUUCGAGUAAUGGUAGGAAAUAACCAGUAUAUGCAAGGUGACAGUAUAGUGAAGGAUCUGCCCUUAAUGAUCCAAGGCACUAGGAUACACGUUUCGGCUUUUGUUUUGCCAUCCACCAGUUAUGAUGUGGUAUUGGGGUCCUCUUGGUUAGCCACACUCGGGUCCCAUAUCUCUAAUUAUAAUGAAGCUUUCAUCAAGUUUUUGACAAAGGAUAGGUAGGUCACUUUACAAGGUAAUAAGAUAGCUUUACCAGCCGAAGCUCAGAUUAACCAUCUACUCCGUUUUCAAGAGACUAAUUGAGAAGGCGCAAGAUAGUUCAGCACUAGUAUUACCUAGUGAUACUCCUAUAGAUUUAGCUGCAGUGCUAAAUCAAUAUAAGUCAGUGUUUGAUGUUCCCAAAGGCCUUCCUCCGUAUCGCACGUAAGAUCAUGCCAUAAAUUUGUAACCAGGGGCAGGGCCAGUCAAGGUGAGACCAUAUAGGUAUCCCUUUAGCCAGAAAAGUCAGAUA